AUGACUUCGACUGCAGUUCUUGUGUUAACGUUGUGGGCCUGUUUCGUGCAGCUUCAGCUGCAUCAAGUCGAUGGACAAGCGACAACGGUGCAGAAAUAUCCGUUCAUGAACGCCAUAGCGUUUAAUAGAGAGUUCGUCGGCAAUGGGGUCAUCUUAGCACCUCAGUGGGUACUUACCACGGCCAGUGUCUGUCUCGCUACCCCAGACACCACGUACGAUGUGCUGUAUGGGGCAGACGAUUAUCUUACCUACAAUGGAGCGAAUCCGGUCGAGCGCAUCUUCCGUCACUCGGGUCGCCCUGGUCCGGAAAACAACUUAGCCUUAGUGAACGUGCGAAAUGCGGUGGGAUACACCGACACCAUACAACCGAUUCAAUUGGCCGACUCGAACACACCGGAUGUAAUUAAUGUAACCCUGGUAGCAUACGGAAAAACGGAAUCCAGUCAGACGCAUCUGCGUGAGCAACCGUUCAUGCUUACCAAGUGCGAGAAUACGUUGACGGAUCCGAGUUCGGUGGAGGUCGUCAUACAUGACAGCGGGUGGUGCGUGGCGUCCCAGAAAGAUGCCAUCCAAGAGCUGCAGCGAAAGGGUCAAGGAGCUCCGAUGGUGGUGAAUGGACAGCUGUACGGGCUGUAUACCAAUGAAUUUACCAUUAUGCCAAACCCAACGGCCAAGAGUGAAUGGAUACAGGGUAUCAUGGCUGGCAAGGUUUGA